CCCUCCAAAGCGAUCGACCUUUACGUGAAACGGACGAUUCCAGCGUCACUGUACAACGACGUCGGGCUGCUGUUCCUAGAGAGCCCCGUGGCCCUGGAGAUCACGCCACAUAUCGGCAUAGCGUGCCCCGCCCCACGGCCGCCGCCGCCGAGUGCCAACUGCUUCGGAAUAGGCUGGGGCCCUGCCCGAUUCAGGAACAAGAAGGUCUUCGACUCCAUACCGAAGAAGAUGAAGCUAUCGCUGGUGGCGAAGGAUCGGUGCGAGGAUAUGCUGAGGAAGACAAGGUUCCGCCUCCACAAAUCCCUCCUCUGCACGGGGGGAGUCAAGGGCAUAGACACUUGCAGAAAGGACGGGGGGGUCCUCUCUCGUCUGCCCCAU